GUGGCGUUGACGCAUGCGUGCAAAGCAAUUGGCGGAGUUGCCAGCUGGUGGUGGUUUAAUUUAGGGAGGGUUAGAGUUUUUUUUUAAAUCCUCGUUUCAGGAGGAGGUAAAGCCGAGUAGUCGGACCUCGGGCGGGUUUGUUUGUUUGUGGGUGAUGUUUGAACGGGUGGCUCAGCCGGUGCGGAGACGAAUGGCUGGUUGAUUGUCCGGCACUGACCGAAGGAGUGGCCGAGCCGCUGUACAACUGUGGAAGGAGUUCCCCUCCAAAUGGUAUUCGAUCUUAUUGUCUUGGACUUGUAGAAGAUUUUAAUUGUUUGGAGAAAAUGGGGACACCUGGAUCUGGAAGGAAACGAACGCCUAUUAAAGACAGAUUCUCCGCUGAAGAUGAGGCCCUGAGCCACAUCGCCAGAGAGAUGGUACACAUACACGGAGUGUCAGUGGUAGGAAGAGUGAAUGUUUGUGGAUAUGUUACCAGUCAAGAAAUCUGCUUUAUCCUGGUUGGUGUCAAAUAUCUUGUGUUGUUGGAGCUGCACCUAACCAAACAAGAACUGGAACGACAGAAACAUAUGUGUAGUGUGUCACAGCACAAAAUAGAAGAACUUAAAGAGGGCAUUCAGCAAAGAGAUGAACUUAUAGAGGAAAACAAGUCUUUGCAGCAAAGGGUGGACACUCUCACCAGGGAUGUGUUUGAUCUGCAGGAAACUGUCAACUGGAAAGACAAAAAAAUUGGGGCUCUAGAGAGGCAGAAAGACUACUUUGACUGCAUUAGAAAUGAGCGUGAUGAGCUGAGAGAUGAGUUGGCUGAUCUAAGGGAAAAAACAAAGAAACAUGGUCUGGUUAUAAUCCCAGAAGGCACACCUAAUGGUGAUGUAAAUCAUGAACCAAUUGUUGGUGCUAUAACAGUUGUGUCUCAAGAAGCUGCUCACGUGCUUGAAAGUGCAGGAGAUGGACCAUUAGAUGUGCGGCUAAAGAAACUAGCCGAUGAAAAGGAAGAAUUGCUUGCACAGAUCAGAAAGCUGAAAUUGCAGUUGGAAGAGGAAAAACAGAAGAACUCGAGGAUUGAAAAUGUGUUCACCGAUUCUGAUCGGCUAGAAAAUGGCACAGACCUACAAAUUCUGGAAAUGCAGAGAGAUGUAAAUAGGCAGUUGAGUGAGUACAAGUUUAAACUGUCUAAGGCAGAACAAGACAUUGCCACUGUUGAACAAAAUGUUGUCAGACUUGAAGGGCAGGUGCUUCGCUAUAAAACAGCAACAGAAAACUCAGAAAGAAUAGAGGAUGAACUAAAAGCAGAAAAGAGGAGGUUGCAGCGAGAGUUACGAUCAGCAUUGGAUAGGAAUGAAGAGAUGGAAAUGACCAAUAGCCACUUGAUGAAGCGAUUAGAGAAGAUGAAAGCCAACAGAAAUGCAUUACUCUCUCAGCAGUAAAGAGAGAAGAGCUGGGGCACUGUAUCUAUAACUAGCAGAACUUCCAUGCAUCGCAACCUAAAGAGCCUUUCCAUUGGUACAACCACUUUCAAACACUGAAAAAUGUCCUUUAUUAAGGCUUCAGUUUUAUAAGUGUUGGCAUAAAGUUUUUGUAAUUUAUGAGAGAUUCAUGGCAUUGUCUAAUGUCUAUGUUUGUUAAUUGUGAAUUGUAUUGUCUGUUUAGCUCACUGGGUUAAGAGCCUUUGAAAUGGGUUGUGUCUUUGUAAUGGGCGAUUUUAGCAGGUAAAUACAAAUAGAUUUGAUUGUUUAUGGCUUUAAUAUGCCAAAUUGAUCUACAUAAACCUUUCUGCUGCUUAGAAAUUAUAGUGGUUGCUUAAGACCUUGAACGACUGCAUGAACAGACCAGAUGCACAAGAUAACCUCAUGACCCUUUUGAAAAUCUGACUACUCU